CGGCUGCUGAAGAGACCGGAGUGUGUGUGUCUCUACUGACUCUUUCUGAGGAAUUAAAACCAUUACACACUGCUCUGGUUCUCUGGUACACAGGUGACGGCAUAACCGGGGUGUCUUCUGGGUCUGGAGGUGAGCACAGGGAGCUCAGCGAUGAAUAAGCUACGGCAGAGUUUCCGCCGGAAGAAAGACGUCUACGUGCCAGAGUCGAGUCGGCCGCACCAGUGGCAGACAGACGAGGAGGCGGUUCGCAGCGGCAAAUGUAGCUUUGCAGUCAAGUACCUGGGGCAUGUGGAGGUGGAGGAAUCCCGAGGCAUGCACAUCUGCGAGGAUGCAGUGAAGCGGCUGAAGACGGACAGGAAAUUCUUCAAAGGAUUCUUUGCAAAAGCGGGGAAGAAGGCAGUGCGCGCAGUGCUCUGGGUGUCGGCAGACGGUCUUCGUGUCGUCGACGACAAAACAAAGGACCUGAUUCUGGAUCAGACGAUAGAGAAGGUGUCGUUCUGCGCUCCGGACCGAAACUUUGAGAGAGCGUUCUCCUACAUCUGCAGAGACGGAACCACGAGGCGCUGGAUCUGCCACUGCUUCAUGGCCAUCAAAGACUCAGGCGAGCGUCUCAGUCACGCUGUGGGAUGUGCGUUCGCCGCCUGUCUGGAGCGGAAACAGAAACGGGAGAAGGAGUGCGGCGUCACGGCGACCUUCGACGCCAACAGAACCACCUUCACCCGCGAGGGCUCGUUUCGGGUUACUACGGCAAUAGAGGCGGCAGAGCGGGAGGAAGUGAUGAGGCAGAUACAGGACGCUAAAAAAGCAGAGACAGAUGUAAACCUGUCGGGGAACUCGGCCACCUCUGUGAAUAACUCCUCGGGUCCCUCGACGGGAGACACCCCGUCCCCCUCGUCCUCACCUCCUCUCUCCAUGGCCUCCCUGGGCCCCCAGGUGAUUCCCCGCAGACACGCCCCCGCCGAGGCCCUGGCCAGGCAGGGAUCCUUCAGGGGCUUCCCGGUGCUCAGCCAGAAGACGUCUCCCUUCAAACGGCAGAUGUCGCUGCGCAUGAACGAGCUGCCGUCCACCAUGCAGCGCAAGUCCGACUUCCCCAUGAAGAACACCGCAGUCCCAGAGGUGGAGGGAGAGAACGACAGCAUCAGCUCGCUCUGCACUCAGAUCACCUCGGCGUUCAGCGGCCCCCCCGAGGACCCCUUCUCCUCCGCACCGAUGCCCAAACCCACCUCCUCCCCACAGUCUCCUGUAGCUCCAGCUGAACAGCAUGGUGCGUGUCUAACCCUCGCUCCGUCAGCCUGUACUAGCGUCUGUCUCUGGUCUGCUGUAGUGAACGGCUCCUCUCCUGCCUUCUCUGCUGCUGCUGCUGUUGCUGCUGCUGUUGCUGCUAACCCCCCUGCUCUGCCCCCCGCCCUGCCUGCUCGAGACACUAACCCCUGGGCUAAGACCCCAGCAGGAGCCCCCCCCUCAGCACUGCCAGGAAGCAACUGGUCCUCCCCAACUCCGGUGAUAGUGGUCCCGCCCACCUCCUCCCCCCCUGUCUCCUCCCACAGACGCACCCCCUCAGAAGCAGACCGGUGGUUAGAGGAAGUCACAAAGUCCGUGCGAGUCUCCCCCGCCACGCUCCCCCCCCAGCCGUUCAGCUCCCCUGUGUCGAUGCCGGUAGCACCUCCCCCCCAGGUGGCCUUCAUGUCCCCCCUGCCCCCCGCUGUGCCCAUGCUGCCCCCCCGCCAGCCCGCCUUCCACGCUCACCCCCCGGUCUCCUACCCGCUGCCCAACGGACUCCCGUUCCCCCCCCCCAGCGUCCCCGUUGUGGGCAUCACCCCCUCUCAGAUGGUGGCCAACGUGUUCGGCUCGGCAACACACCCACAGCCGUUCCUCCCCCCCGCAUCCUCCACCACGACCCCCCAGCACGACCUCAGCCCCUUCAUCAAGCCCCCCCUGCACCACGUGGUGAGCCUCCCCCCCCUUAACCACGCGGUGAGCCUCCCCCCCCUGCAGCCCUCCAACGGCAGCGCCACCUUUAACGGCGCCGAGUCCUGGUCGCACCUCGCCCCGUCCUCCCCCGCCACCCUGCCCCCCCCACAGGAAGACGCCUUCGAGGCCCAGUGGGCAGCACUGGAGGGCCGAUCCCGUCAGCGCACUUCCCCCUCCCCCACAAACCCCUUCUCCACCGAGCUGCACAAGACCUUCGAGAUCCAGCUCUGAAGACUGUACCGAACAAUAAGGAGGCCAUUUUUGUUUUGGGGAGCAGGUGGAUGAGGAGGAGUGGGGGGAGUGGUCCUUCUUGAGGGGGGGUCCUCCUGCCUCCUCUUCAUCAGACGAGCUCAGCAGGAAGGAGGAAGAAGGAGGAGGAAGGAGGAGAACCAGCUGGGAGCAGAACUCCAACAAACAGGAACGGCUAACAGGCUAGCGUCUCAUUAGCAUCGUCUGUACGUUUUGUUUGUUUGUGCAGCACAGGCUCAGCAUCACGCCCCCCCCCCCCCCUGCUCCCUGUUGCCAGGACGACGCCUCCUCACCUGGCAGAGAAACUGCAGCACUGAGAGAACUCAGCUUCCAGACAAGAAGUUCUCAUUAAACUUCCCAAUCAGAAGAAUAAAGUGAGACGAUGCCAAAUCUUUAUUUUUAUGCAUUAAGUAUAUUUUAAAUAGCUUUGGAAUCUAACAGAAGAGUUGUAAGUAAUCGUGCCAAAGGCACAGGCUAGCUACAAACGAGUUUAUGUUCGUGUAUACAAGAAAUGACCGUAUAUAUUAUACAUAAAAAAUUAUAUAUAUCUUUAAAGAAUCUAUACUGUACACAGCUCACAGCAGUGCUAAUUUUUAAUGUGAUGUAAAGAGAUUUUGUGAAGGGACAGCUGCUUUACUUGUGUUUGUUUUGUUUUUGCCGUCUGCUGCAUCCUGUGAUUGGAUGUGGAGCGUCUCUCUGUAAAUAGGGUUUCAUUGCAGCAACAAUCAUGUGGACGUAGCGCUGGUGGUGGUGCGGACUGGAUGCCUCUCUGACCUGUGCUUUAGUUUAGUACACAUCAGUACUUCAGAUUUUACUUUUUCAUCGUCAUUCUUCUCUGUGGUGGAAAUGUUUUUUUAUUUAACACGGUAGGAUGCGUCAUCUCCCGUUCCUCCACCUCUUAUAUUAUUUUUCUAAGUAGUUGAUUUGUAACUUUUUAUUUUGCACAGCACUACAAUUUGACUCGCAGGUGAUCGGCGGGGGUUAGUGAGUGUAAGCUGCACGCUGACCUCAGCAGAAAACUACAGGGAGAUAAAAACCGUUGGUCUCUCCGUCUGAUUUCUCUCUGUCAUGUUUUUGUUUUUUUAAUCAAACCUGUGAAUAUGAUCUAUUAUCUGAUCUAUUUUUCCAUUUUGUAAUUAUUUCAUUUCUUUAUUCCACUUCUUUGGAGAAAUAUUGAAGCUAAAAGAUUGAAUAAAUUGAUGGUGGUAAAGGAAAA